AUGAACCAUUUAUUUUUAAUUUGCUUUCUCGUGAGCUGGGGCUCAUGUUUCCAACGUCCGAUGGAUGUCAUCAUGGACAGUAGAAGUAACAUUGCAUCAGAAGAAUUAAACGUCAACGGUAUUAACACUUCUGGUGCUAACGUAAUUAAUGAAACAUUUCUCGAGAAUAGCAGCAAGUUUGAUCAUAAUAAUACCGAUCAGCCCCUAUCUUCAUCAUUUUACUUAACUUUCCAACUUCAAAAUGCAACCAACAAUAAAAUAAAAAUCACGAAAAUAUUUGAAAGGGCCGCAAAUUUUCAGGAGGAAAAAUCAGCUGCAGGGGAGAGUGAGCCAGUCCCUGCAGAAUCUGGAACAGCUGAGGAAGCUCCGAUGGCGCUGAAGAAGAAGGUUGAGGAUUUCAAAAUUGUGGCCAAAGAUGGAUGGACGCAUGUAGGCAACAAAGAGCGGGAAGCUAGACGUCACGGAAGGAAGAGUUCCGAUCAGAGUAGGUACUUCAGCAAAGCGGAUAAAAAGUUUAAUCAGUACUUUGAUAAAAUGAGAAAUUAUUUUGAGGAACCGUUUCGUGAUCCGUGGUUCAAGGGCGGCAGUAAAAGUAGAGGAGGAAUGCGGGUCUCGUCAUGGAGAGAAAAACCCAGAAUGGAUGAUUUAGACGACGACUACAAUUAUUAUGAUUAUCCAGAUGAUUAUAUGGAUGAUGAGUACUAUGACAGUGAUGGUUAUAGAGAUGAAGAUGAUGAUUAUUACGAUUACGUUACGGUCUGGGACGAUUGGAAUGAUAAAGAAAUUAAAAAAAUGAUAGAAGGUGAACGAUCGAACUACAAAAAUCAGGAGAACUACAACAUCAUUAAAACAGUCAACGAUAGCGAGGGCAAUCCAGUUCAUAUCAUAAUUUCUCAUAGGACAGGCUAUGAACUUUUGCCGCUGACCCCCAAACCAGCCAAAAAAGAUGGUGAUGAUAUAGAUGGUACAAAACCAGAUGACUCUUCAAAAAAGGUGACAGGAAGAUAUCGAAGACGUAAAGGUCGCGGAAGAAGGUGGAAAAGAGAAAUAGAAAACUUUUCCCUUGAAAAAAUUAACAACUUCAAAGAACAGGGCAACCAUUUUCAAAAAAUAUUGUUAGGAAUGGCUUCCGAGUAUGGCAAACAUCAAAUGACGAACUACAUGAAUAAUCCUAGAGCGGAUACAGCUGCCGUCUCGGAUCCCAACUAUUGGAGAAAUUAUCCAAGAUACUUCAACCUAAAUAACACUUACAUGUUGGAUAACCUGAUGGAUGAAGAGAAUAAAACAUUCGAGAUGCUCACAGAUUUGUCGCCGUUCGAAAGAUCUGAAGCUUUCGGUCAGUAUCGCCAGCUCACCAACAUGGUCAAAAACUUCAACAAAAUUCAUCGUGAAAAGCGAAGUCAUUACAGAAGUAGCAGCACUAGCGACUUUUUUGAAGAUUUUAUCGGCGGAUUAAGGGUCGCGCCAAGAUUUAAAAGAGACCAGAUGAAGAAUGCGUCGACAAUAAAGGCAAACAAGGACGUUGCACAAAAUUCUUCGUCAGUAAAGCGCGUGAAAAGAUCCAAGGAGGAAGACGAGGUCAAGACCCCUGCAUUCGAUCAUCUUUGCUUCUACAAAACGCAAGUUGAGUUAUCACUUUUUGACGAAAAGUUCCUCAAGUACUACGACGAGGUUAAAGAGUGGAAGCAGAACAAAGACAAGAAGGCCAAAAAUCAAACAAAAGCUAAAGAGGAAGAAGAAAACAAUAGCACAAUGACAACCAACAUGAGUCAGAGAGUGAAAAGACAUUUCCAAUGCAAUAGAUGGAUGAGAUCUAGGAGAGAUAUUAAUGAAGAUGUUAGGAACCUGAAAUUGAGAUCGUUGGAAUCAGUCCAGCAAGAUUUAAACUACAUAAAAAAAUUGGUGAGACGGUCUCUGGCUGCUACGGACACAAAAAACAGCAGAAAAUUAUUUAAAAGGGGGAGUGUCAAUGACGCUUUGUCCAGUUUCAAAGCGUUUUUUGAAGAUGUUUUUGGAAACAACAAUGACAAGAAGAUACGUGGUUCCUAG